AUUUGUUUCUCCUCUCGCUUUCCUUCCCCAUCUUUCGUUUGACCCAUUUCCAUUCCCAAGCCCUCCAUCGCCCUCGAUCCAACUUCGAAUCCAUCAGUGAUCGGUCCUUCUCCCCCCUUCAAUUCUGCUUGUCUCGGAGGGGGGAGAGGAAGAGAAAGAGGGAGAACAGCACAAGAAGAUUUUGGGAUCGUUGCGUUUCGUAUCGAGAGGGAGGAGCGCAGAUGAAGAGGUAUCGGAAUGGCGAGAUUUGGAACUUCGAGAGCCAGACGCCUGCGGCCAGAGACGGUAGCGCCGGCGUCAUCCUCGGCGUCGACGGCGGUGCCACCUCCACCGUCUGCGUCUGCCUGGUCGCGGCAAUGCCCUCCGCUGGGCCCCUCCCCGAAUCCCUCCCUAUCCUCUCCCGCGCCGUCGCCGGUUGUUCCAACCACAACUCCGUCGGAGAAACUGCAGCUAGGAAGACCCUAGAGGAGGUUAUGGCUGAAGCCCUUUCAAAGGCUUGCUCUAGUCGUGCAGCUGUUCAGGCAGUUUGCUUAGCUGUAUCUGGUGUAAAUCAUCCUACAGAUCAACAGAGAAUACUGGAUUGGCUAAGAGAUAUAUUUCCAAGCCAUGUGAAGUUCUACGUGGAAAAUGAUUCCGUGGCAGCACUGGCUAGUGGUACAAUGGGAAAGCUCCAUGGCUGUGUACUGAUUGCAGGUACAGGCACCAUUGCUUAUGGGUUCACUGAAGAUGGAAGAGAAGCCCGAGCUGCUGGUGCAGGACCAGUCUUGGGGGAUUGGGGAAGUGGGUAUGGAAUUGCUGCACAGGCAUUGACUGCAGUGAUUAGGGCACAUGAUGGUCGUGGUCCGCAAACAAAACUAACAGAAAACAUUCUCAACAUACUUGGGCUUUCUUCACCAGAUGAACUGAUUGGCUGGACCUAUGCUGAUCCCUCUUGGGCUCGUAUUGCUGCACUUGUUCCGGUAGUAGUAUCUUCAGCUGAAGAUGGUGAUGAAGUUGCAAACAAAGUAUUAUAUGUCGCAGUUCAAGAAUUGGUUGAUAGUGUCAUAGCUGUUGUCCGAAGACUAAGAUUGUGUGGAGAAGAUGGAAAGGAUCCUUUCCCACUUGUUAUGGUUGGAGGUGUUCUUGAAGCUAACAAGAGAUGGGAUAUUGGGAAGGAAGUCAUAAACCGCAUCUCCAAGGUCUGCCCUGGUGCUCAUCCUAUUCGACCUAAGCCGUGAACCAAAUGUGCAGGGAAUAUGGCUAUUCCGAUUUCCAUUCCAGUCCAUUCUAAUUCCAAUUCCAAUCACAAACCAAACGCACCCAAGGUGGAGUUCUGGCAGUCAAAAAUCUUGUUACAUUUAUUUGUACUGAUGAAGGUUUUAGAAAAGGAGCAUAUGGUUACGAUUCAAAACCAUGGAAUUUGACAAGAUGGUUAGAGAAUUUUGGUGAACAUUUACCGAGC